GUUGGCAGUUGCGUCCCGAGAUUAUGGCCUGUCCUACAUCAGAAGCCAUUUCUCACAUUAUAGAUAUUAUUUCUGAGUUGGUAGUCUGUGCUAGUGGUGUCCUUGUGAAGAAUGAUAGUUUCAAGGAGCUUGCAGCUUACAUGGAAAGAAUUGUACCAAUCUUGAAAGAAUUGAAGACAAAAAAAGUCAGUGAUUCUGAGGCCUUUACCAAUGCCAUUGACGUUCUGAAUCGUGAAAUUAGAGAUGCAAGACAAUUUACUCAAGAAUGCUGCCAGAAGAGCAAGGUAUACCUCCUAGUGAAUGGCAUGUCAAUCAAGAAGCGUUUACAGAAGACAAUGCGUGAGAUCAGCCGGACAUUUGAUCUUCUUCCUUUGGCCAUGUCGGAUCUUUCUUCUAACACAAUUGAAGCAAUUGGAAAGCUCUGUGAUGAUAUGCAGAAAGCUGAGUUUAAGACAACUGUAGCAGAAGAGGAGAUUUUGGAGAAAAUUGAGUCAGGGAUUCAGGAAAAUGGCGUUGAUCGCUGCUACGCUAAUAAUUUGCUGAUCCAAAUUGCUGUUGCUGUUGGGGCUACUACAGAGAGGUCAGCAUUGAAGAAGGAACUUGAAGAUUUUAAGAUUGAAGUUGAAAAUUGCCGCCUGAGGAAAGACGAGGUUGAAGCUAUGUACAUGGAUCAGAUCAUUGCUUUGUUGGAAAGAGCUGAUGCAGCAUCAUCGCCAAGGGAAAAGGAACUUAAAUACCUUUCCAAGCGGAAUUCUUUGGGCAGUCAAACAUUGGAGCCUCUUCAAUCAUUUUAUUGCCCCAUAACCCAGGAAGUUAUGGAGGACCCUGUUGAAACUUCAUCAGGGAAGACAUUUGAGAGAAGUGCAAUAGAAAAAUGGUUUGCUGAAGGAAAUAAACGAUGUCCUCUGACCAUGACUCCUUUAGACACAUCGGUUUUACGAUCUAACAAAAUCUUGAAACAAUCAAUAAAAGAAUGGAAGGAUAGAAAUACGAUGACAACAAUUGUUUUGACAAAAGAAAAACUCCAUUCAGAAGAUGAUGAUGAAGUGCUACAUUGUCUAGGAAAUCUACAGGAUUUGUGCGAACAGAGUGAACUGCACAGGGAAUGGCUGAUGCUGGAGAAUUACAUACCAGUUCUCAUCCAGAUUCUUGGUGCUAGAAAGCAUGAUGUAAGAAACCGGGCUCUAGCCAUCCUUAACAUGUUGGCAAAGGAUAGUGAUGAUGCUAAGGAAAGAAUUGCCAACAUUGAUAAUGCAGCUGUAUCUAUUGUUCAUUUACUUGGACGCCGUGCGGGGGAAAGGAAGCUGGCGGUGGCAUUACUACUGGAAUUAUCCAAGUUGGAUUUGGUGCGAGAGGAAAUUGGAAAGGUUCAAGGUUCUAUACUGCUACUUGUGGCUAUGUCCGGCAGUGACGAUAACGAAGCUGCCAGAUAUGCAAAGGAGCUUUUGGAGAAUCUAUCAUACUCAGAUAACAAUGUUUUAAAGAUGGCAAGGGCAAAUUAUUUCCAGCCUCUUGUACAUCGUCUCUCCACAGGACCAGAUGAUGUGAAAAUGAUUAUGGCAACAGCCCUUGCGGAAAUGGAGUUAACCAACCUCAAUAAAGCAUCUGUGUUUGAAGGUGGUGUCCUGGAUCCUCUUCUCCAUUUAGUUUCACAUUCUGAUAUUCAAGUGAAAACAGUGGCCAUUAGGGCUUUGCGUAAUCUAUCCAGUUUGAAGGAAAAUGGUCUGGAGAUGAUUCGACAAGGAGUGGUACGCCCCAUGCUUGACCUUCUAUUCCAGGCUGGCCUGCUAUCCUUAAGUUUAAAGGAACACAUAUCAGCCAUAAUCAUGCAACUUGCGGUUUCAACCAUCUCUAAAGAUGGCCAGGCACCAACGUUAUUGUUAGAAUCUGACGAAGAUGCUUUAAAACUCUUCUCUUUAAUUAGUUUCACGAGGCCCGAUGUGCAGCAAAACAUUUUACAGACCUUCUAUGCGUUGUGUCAGUCCCCCUCAGCCUCAUUUAUCAGGGGCAAGUUAAGAGAGUGGUCAGUUUUUGAAGUUUUGGUUCAGCUCUGUCAGGAGGAGAAUCUAAAUCUACGGGCAAGUGCUGUAAAGCUGUUUGCUUACUUGGUGUGCGAUGAAGCCAGCAUCCCGGAAAACGUAAAUCAGAAAUGUGCUGAAGCUAUGCUCCAGAUCCUGAGAUCUUCUUCAGAUGAAGAGGAAAUUUCUUUUGCCCUGGGCAUACUACGUUAUCUUCCAAAAGUUCACCAGAUCACGCAGUGGCUUCUGGACGCUGGAGCACUUCGUAUCAUAUAUAAUCAUCUUCAAGAUUGGAAGGACACAGAUUGCCAAAAGAGCAAGUUGGUAGAGAAUGCUGUUGGGGCCUUGAGUCAAUUCACUGUUUCAACAAACCUAGAGUGGCAAAAGAGUGCUGCUGAAACCGGGGUUAUAUCUGUUCUAGUGCAUUUGCUUGAAUGUGGAACCGCAUCAACAAAACAGCAAGCGGCAUCAUCUCUGGCUCAAUUUUCAAAGAGUUCACUUGGUCUGAGCAGACCAGCAUCCAAGCCCAAGGGCCUUUGGUGCUUCUCAGCUCCAACACAAAUUAGCUGCUUGGUUCAUGGAGGAAUAUGUGCUGUCAAGUCAUCAUUUUGCCUUGUUGAGGCGGAUGCAGUGAGGCCAUUAGUGAGGACACUCGGGGAAUCUGAUCCAGGAGCUUCUGAGGCUUCUUUAGAUGCACUAUUGACAUUAGUCGAAGGAGAAAGACUGCAAAGUGGUAGUAAAGUGCUUGAAGAAGCAAAUGCCAUACCAGUAAUAAUCCAAUGUCUUAAUUCCACUUCUCCUGGACUACAAGAGAAGUCUCUACAUGCUGUGGAAAGGAUUUUUCGGCAAGUGGAGUUCAAGCAGUUGUAUGGAGCCUCAGCUCAUAUGCCUCUAGUUGAUUUAACUCAAAGAGGAACUGAUCAUGUGAGAUCUCUGGCAGCUAGAGUUUUGGCACAUUUAAACGUGCUUCAUUAUCAGUCUUCUUAUUUCUAAAGAAAACCGAUGAUCACAUUCAUGCACUGAGGAGCUAAAAGGCCGUGAUUAUGAAUGACAUCGACAAUCAGGUAUUCUUAGGAUACUUGUUAGCAAAAGAUGUGCAGGAUUGAACAGAAUCAUUUCAGAGUCACAUGGAUAUGGCAUACUUUCUAUCACCUUUGAUAUGCUUGUGUCUUUCUAUCAUUGAUUUGGUCUAUCCUUGGCAAACCUAGUCCAAAGGAAGGACGUGACCGUAAGUCUACAUGCAUGAUAUAGUUAUUUUAGAGGCGAUAUCCUUAUCUCUUGAUAAUUUGCUUGGUCUAUCCAUUAUGUCAUCUCUGCAACAGCAUAACAUGGCUUCAGCAUCUAGGAGAACCCAACUUGGUGUUUCUGAAUCUGGCUGAACUUUUGAUCAAUGUUGAGCCUUUUUCAUUUUGUUACUUCUCAUGUAAAAAUCAUAUAGACACUGGACAUUGUACAAUAAGUGACCAACAUCCAGUUUGAGCCGUUGUCCUUUGGGAGUAGCAGCACCAUGAACUGUUGGAGUAGGGACUUACUCGGGGCUUAUAUUGAAUGUCCCAGAUAGUUUGUACAUUAUUGUAUUGUCUUGAUUCUUGUCCAAAAGGAAAGACUAUAGUUCUCUUUCC